GGGCUGCGCCGGGAGAUGGCGGCCGGCUACCACUAUAGGCCCAACGGCGGCAGCGCGGCCGGGCUGGCCGACCCGAGCUUCCUGUGGAACGUGUUCCAGAGGGUUGAUAAAGAUAGGAGUGGAAUAAUAUCUGAUAAUGAACUUCAGCAGGCAUUGUCUAAUGGUACCUGGACUCCUUUUAAUCCAGCAACAGUCCGGUCAAUUCUUGGCAUGUUUGACAGAGAAAACAAAGGUGGUGUGAACUUCAAUGAAUUCACGGGAGUGUGGAAGUAUAUCUCAGACUGGCAGAACGUCUUUCGAACGUAUGAUAGAGACAAUUCUGGAAUGAUUGACAAAAAUGAGCUAAAGCAAGCACUAACAGGUUUUGGUUAUCGGCUGUCUGACCAAUUCUAUGACAUCCUAAUUCGGAAAUUUGACAGACAAGGAAGAGGACAAGUUGCUUUUGAUGACUUUAUUCAGUGCUGUGUUGUCUUACAGAGGCUGACUGAUGUAUUCAGACGUUACGAUACUGAUCAGGACGGCUGGAUCCAAGUGUCCUAUGAGCAGUAUCUUUCUAUGGUCUUCAGCAUUGUAUGACGGUGACAGCUAAGGAUUGUGCACUGACAUUUUUACAGACUGGAGCUGCCAAAUCAUCAUGUACUGAAUAAGAUUACUGAUAUAUCGAAAUGGGUACAACUUCUCAUUCUUAAAUUUGUACGUUGGUCACUACUUUCAUAACUUCUGUACUGUCUGUUGCAUUUUACUUUUUACUGUUGUACCACCUGAACAUAUCAUGCUUACUGCAGCAUAGAAAGCACAGAAUCUAUAUUUAACCAGUGUCACGUCACUUUAACUUUCUUCCAUGUAUCUUGCAUAGAGCAAAAUGACACUUUAGAAAGGCCAAAUUAAAAUAGUGCU